UGACACACUGUCUGCCGGUAUAAAAGGCUAGAGCCACUCCUAUCAGCCUCUUGAGUGUGGUCCCUGCUUGAGAGCAUAGAUUUGAGAGGAGGGAGGAGGCUGUCGCUGCUAACGCUACUGCUGCUGUCAGGCUACACAGAGCACGGGGAGAUGGCUACCCUGGUACAGUCCGCAGAUGCGAUGGAGAAUUUGUACACCCCAAGCAACAUCGGAACCACGCCGACAUCCUCAUGUCCCUCACAACAUUUCAAUGACAGCAAAUUUUACUUGCUCGUGGUGAUCGGGGAAGUAGUCACUGAGGAGCAUCUGAAGUGUGCUAUUGCGGACAUAGAGAAAGGGAUCCGGUCAUGGGACACCAACCUUAUUGACUGCAACCUGGACCAGGAACUCAAGCUGUUUGUCUCGCGGCACUCAGCUCGUUUUUCUGCAGAUGUCAGAGGGCAGAGAAUCCUUCAUCAUAAAAGCAAUGCCCUGGAAACAGUGGUGCUCAUCAACCCUUCGGAUGAAGCGGUCAGCACUGAGGUUCGUUUGAUGAUUUCAGAUACAUCUAAGCACAAGCUUCUUGUUCUCUCGGGACAGUGCUCAGAAAACACUGGGGAGCUUAUUCUUCAGUCUGGAUCAUUCUCUUUUUACAACUUCAUUGACAUUUUCACUGACCAAGAAAUUGGCGAGCUCCUCAGCACUAUUCACCCAGCAAACAAAGCAAACCUUACACUUUCCUGUCCAGAUCAGGGUGACUGGAAAAACUCCAACCUGGACAAACACAAUCUACAAGACUUUAUUAACAUGAAAUUAAAUUCUGUGCUCAUACUUCCAGAAAUGGAGGGUCUCUCAGAGUUCACAGAAUAUUUAUUUGAAUCUGUCGAGAUCCCAGCACCUUUUGACUUGUUAGAGCCACCAACAUCAGGUGGCUUUUUGAAGCUUUCCAAACCAUGCUGCUACAUAUUUCCUGGAGGUCGAGGUGACUCAGCUCUUUUUGCUGUAAAUGGCUUUAACAUGCUCAUUAAUGGUGGCUCAGACAGAAAAUCAUGCUUUUGGAAACUUGUUAGACAUCUGGACAGGGUUGACUCGAUUCUUCUGACUCAUAUUGGAGAUGAUAACCUACCGGGGAUUAACAGUAUGCUACAGAGGAAAAUGGCAGAGAUUGAAGAAGAACAAUCACAAGGAUCCACAGCAAACAGUGACUGGACAAAUAACAUGAUUUCACCUGAUAUUGGUGUUGUGUUUGUAAAUCUGCCGGAAAACCUGAAUAAUGCUGAACCAAACUCCAGAAUGCGCAGGACUCUUGAUGAAAUUGCAAUGACACAGCAAUUACUUGCAAAACUGAAUUUGAGAGUUGAGUCUUUACAAAGACCUGUCGGAAACAUAAUUGAGCCAGUCAUACUAUUCCAAAAAAUGGGAGUUGGAAAACUUGAGAUGUAUGUGCUGAAUCCAGCAAAAAACAGCAAAGAGAUGCAAUACUUUCUGAAACACUGGAAAGGCACUGAAAAGGACACCACAUCAAUUCUCUUACCAAAUGGUAAAGAAUCUGAGUACCCGGUUUCAUAUUUGACAUCAAUUUCCUCUCUCAUUGUGUGGCACCCGGCAAACCCUUCUGAUAAGGUUGUACGUGUUCUCUUCCCUGGUAAUGCCACCCAGCAACACAUCCUUGAAGGUCUAGAAAAGCUGAAGCACUUGGACUUUUUAAAGCAACCAAUUGUAACUCAAAAAGGAAUGGCUUCUAGUGUACCCUCAACACCUACUCUUAAGCAAACUAAAAUGAAACAUAGGGCAGACAGCAAGGAAAGCUUAAAGUCUAGUGCAAAACCAUCACCAGUUAAGACAGGAAGGAAAGAGUCUAAAGAGGAAACUCCUGAGAAAGCCAAAACAGAUGCGGAAUCAUUGUUUGAAAAAACACACAAGAUUGAGAAAAAAGACAAGGUUGUAAUCAAGAAAGAAAAAGUAAAGGGUUCUGAAAUAGAAGCAAAGGUAGAAUCACCAGCUAAAACGGAUGCCCCUGAAAAGAAGAAAUCUGAGAUUAAACCUAAAACAGAGAAGGUCCCCAAGAAGGAACCCAAAAAGUCACUUGAAAAUAAGAAAGAUACCAAAAAGGAAUCAGUAAAAAAGGAUGACGUUCCAAAACCAGCUAAGAAAAUAAUCAAAAAGGACAUCAAGAAAGACUUGACAAUGAGCGAGGACAAGAAAGAACAAAAGAAAGAUCUGAAGAAACCCUCCAAAGAUAUAAAAAAGAAUACAGCAGAGGGAAAGAAUAUAGUAUCAAAACCAAAAACACAGAAAAAAGAGACAGGGACACAAUCCAAACUGAAGGAAAAGAGCAAAUCAAAGGUGGCAAAGAAAGAGUCCAGUACAACCAGUAGCAAAGCAGAAGACAUUACAGCUACAGUCGCUGAAGAUCCAGAAGUAGAGAGGUCACUGAUGUCCUCACCAGAAGACCUAACUAAAGACUUUGAGGAACUCAAGGCAGAGCUGCUAACUGAAGAUGAAGCUACAGUUCAAGUACAUCUUAAAGAGGUGAUACAAAGAGAGAAUGUAACACAAACCAAAGAGUCACUGGCAGCAUUAGGAAGUGUGGAUGAAGGUAUCACCUCGACUGAAGUUGAAGAAGACAGUGGUGUAUCUCCAGAAGAACAAAUAAUUAAAGACAGAAUGAGUGAAAUGUUUGAAGAUGAGGGAACAUGUGUGAAAGGGACAUCUGAGGGAGGAGAUUUUGAGGAGAAACUUAACAUCGGAGAAGUUUGUGAAUCACAAAAAGAAGAAAUAAACAACCAAAAGCCAGCUAUACCCCAAGAUGAAGACUCUGAAUAUCCUAAAGAGAAAUGUGAAAAUACUAAAGAUGGUAGUGAUUUGACCAAUAAAAAUGUAGAGAUUCUGCCUUUGGAGGUCGUAGAUGUAGAACAACAGUUAGCACCAGUUUCACAAAAGGUUUCUUCACCAGUUUCCCCAGCAGCAUCUAUCAAUGAUGAAAUGGUCCCAACUGGCUUUGAGAACUCAGCUUCAGAUGAUGAAAACAGGGAUGAACAACCAGAAGAUUUCACUGUUACAUCGGGACUUACUCAGUCCACAAUUGAGAUCUCAAGUGUUCCUACUCCCUUGGAUGACAUGUCAACUCCUAAAGACAUAAUGAGUGAUGAAACUGCUAAUGAUGACUCACCCACACAGGAUGCUGUAAUCCUGGAAACAUCACAAUCUGAAGAGGCUGACAAACCGAAACUCUCCCCUGUUAAAAGUGAGCCUGAAUGCAAAAAAUCCCUUAGCGAUGCCACUGAAGGACAUGAUUAUAAUGUCUCUGCUUCAACAAUAUCACCAUGUUCAUUAUUAGAAGAUGAUAAAUUUAUAAAAGACUUUGAAAACAAAACUGAAUGCUUUGUUUCAGUACAAUACGAGUCCAGUGAUCAAGAUAAUGAUAGACCAGGUGAAGCCCAGUCCUCUUUGUCCCCUUUCAUACGAUCCCCCUCAGUGGAAAGCAAGCAAAAUAAAGUUGAAAGUUCUUCAAAUUUUGCAGCUCCAAUAGAACUUUCAACUACACUGACAAAAACAAGUCCAGAGGACAAAACUGUAGAAGGGUCAUCCUCUCCUCAAUCCUCUGGUCACACACCUUACUAUCAGUCUCCAGUUGAUGAGAAAGCAGAUUCUCUUCCACUAGUUAGUGAAGAGGGUGGAAUGCAGGGUCCUGUUAUUGUAGAGGUCACGAGUGAUCUUGAGGAUUCCUCGAAUAAAGUUACUCUAGAACAUGAUGAACCACGACAAUUAGAGUCUACUGAGAAUGUGGCAUGUACUCCACAAAACAUACCUCAAAUGUUUCAACCAAAAGAUAUCAAGGAUGCAACACCAGUUCUAAUUGGACAAAAGAAAAAUGGAGAGCAUCCCCCAUGCACAUUUUCCUCAUCAAUAUAUCGGCAUGAAACAGACAAUAAUAAUUGUACAACAUUUAAAGAGGAAAGUAAAAUGUCUAUUUCUGAAGGGACAACAUCUGAUAAGUCAGGCACUCCUUUGGAGGAAGUGGUAGCAGAAGAUACAUUCUCUCAUUUGGCUUCAGCCUCAACAGCUUCAUUAGCCACAAGCUCCCUCCCAGAGCCCACCACUGACUCUCCUUCACUCCAUGCAGAAGUUGGUUCUCCACAUUCAACCGAAGUAGAUGAUUCACUGUCAGUUUCUGUGGUUCAGACCCCAACUACUUUUCAUGAAGCUGAAGGUUCUCCGACUAAAGAAGAUAGCCCUAGACCAAUGUCUAUUUCUCCAGACAUUUCACCAAAGGCUAAAAACCAAACACAUCUGGAUACAAGAUCACCAGAGCACUCAACUAUGUCUGCUGAUGUUGGCCAGGACUCACCUGAUCAUUCACUUGCUUUGGACUUUAGCAAGCAGUCACCAGAGCAUCCAUCACUUGGAAGUGGCUCUCAUGCUACAGAGAAUGGCCCGACUGAGAUUGAAUACAGUCCAGACAAAAAAGAUAUCAAGUCACCAGGGGAGAAACCAGUACUUUUUGAAGAAUGUGAUGCUCGUACAACCUCUGCUACACCCUCAGAUGCCUCUCAGUCCACUCCCUCUGUUACUACUCCUUGUCAGUUGGCAGAUUUGACACAAGAUGUGACUGAAAAGAUAGAUAGGUCUGUAGAUGUACCAAAGAUAGCAUCUAUGAACAUAUUAAAUGAACCACCUUCAUUGUUAGAAGAUCCAUCAGCUAAAGACAACCUCAGCCUUGGGACAUCUUUCAUAAAGACAGAUAGUCAAGAGAAGGAUAACUGUCCCAAAAUGCCAUCUCCAUUGGAGAAUAGUACAUUAGAAAACCUUUCACCAUCAAAAGAAUUGGACAGAAUGCCUCCUUCUGUGCAAAAAAAUCCUUCUCCCCCUAAUCUUCCUCUUACAUUUGACCAGAGUAUUUGCAAUGUUCCUUGUGGCUCUAAGGACCCAGCUACCAACAGGCAAAGUCCUUGUGGUGCAUCUAAAACAGAUGUUGAUCUCUGCUUGGUCGCAUCAUGUGAGUACCGCCAUCCAAAGACAGAACUGUCCCCAUCUUUCAUGAACCCAAAUCCUCUGGAAUAUUUUAUCAGUGAAGAACGCACAUUUGAGGAAGAAAAGCCUCUGGCCAAAUCUGGAGGUGGUUCCCGACCUCCAGGAGGGAAGAUGUCUUCUAAGCAGUGUGAAGAGACCCCACCCACAUCCAUCAGUGAAUCUGCACCCUCGCAGACAGAUUCUGAUGUGCCCCCCGGGACAGAGGAGUGUCCCUCAAUCACUGCAGAUGCUAACAUAGACUCUGAAGAUGAUUCUGAAACGCUGCCUACUGACAGGACCCUGACGUACAGACAUGUAGACCCCCCUCCUAUGGCACUCAAGGACUCGGCUCCAUCUCCUGGGCACCAUGAUGUGUGUAUGGUGGAUCCAGACACUUUUAAGGCUGAAGAAAAUUCCAACACAGAUGGGAGUGAAAAGUCCAAAAAGAAAAAGCUUUCAAAAAAAUUUACACCUGUGAGUAAGCCUGUGGCUCCAAAGGCCAAGGACACAAAGACUGUAUUGCACAAGAAAAGUACAGGCGAAGGAAAGGACGCCAAAAAUGCAACCAAUACUUCGGCUUCAAGAGGUGUAAAAAGUGCCACUGGAAAUGGAAAAGGAUCGAGUGGAGCUCUGCCCAGCUGCCCACCAAUGUAUAUGGAUUUGGUAUACAUCCCUAAUCAUUGCAGUGCCAAGAAUGUAAAUGCUGAAUUCUUCAAGAGUGUGCGAUCCUCAUACUAUGUUAUCAGUGGCAACAACCAGACUGCUCAAGAGCCCAGCAAGGCUGUCCUUGAUGCUCUGCUAGAGGGAAAGUCCCAUUGGGAACACAAUAUGCAGGUUACUCUAAUUCCAACACAUGACACUGAUGUCCUGAGGGAGUGGUAUCAGGAAACCCAUGACAAACAACAGGAACUGAACAUCAUGGUUCUGGCUAGCAGCAGCACUGUUGUCAUGCAAGAUGAGUCUUUUCCAGCAUGUAAAAUAGAAAUGUAGGAUUUUUACUGAAGGUUUAUGUAUGAAGAGGCAACACUGAAACCUUAAGGUACAGCUAAAUUAACUAAAAACUGUAAGAUGUUAUCCCUUUUCUCAAACGUGUGGAGUCAGUUAACUCUAAAUCAACUAUUUGAUGCAAAUCAUGAUUGAUAUUUGAUUUUAGAUAAUUUUUCAUAUUUAAGUAUUAUUUAUUUAGUUCAUACUAUUUGUAUAUUUAUUUAAUAUGUAUGGUGUUUUUUGGGAACUUCCUGUUUUGUUUUUGUUUUUUUUGUUUUUUUUUCAGAAUGUAAAAUUUUCUCUACUACAGGUCUCUACACAAAAUGUGUCUUAGUUUUGAAUGUCUUUUUGAUUGUUUAGAAGAAGGGAAUCCAUUUUUUUAUUUCUCCAGUUUUACAUCACUUUAAAUGCUAUCUAAAACACCACAUUCUGUACGUAAAUAGACCAUACGAGUUUCUGGGGAACAGGUGCAUGGCUUUUUUAGGAAUUAUGAAUCACACCUUUGUUAAAUAUAUGAAGCCUUAUGCAUUUACAAGUUUUGACAAUAUUAACUACUUAAGUGGGUUCUAAUGUAGCAUUAACAGUACUGGGUCAUUUGCAAUUUGGUAAGAGUAUUCAGGGAGACUGCCCAUAGAGGUCUAGAGCACAUAUUGAAGUGAGAUGUAGUAACAUCUAAAAGAAGACUAAAAUACUAACUGCUCUAAACUAAUACAAGAAUCACAUUCAUUACAGUAAAUGUUUGGUGGCAUUCAAAAAACAAGGUUCAAAGGAUUAUUGAAGAUCUCAUAGACGUAGAGACAGUUACUUAUAACAACCUUUGAGAAUGUCGAUUGGAUAUCUCUUGCAGACCGAUAUAGACAAAUGUGGAAAAACAUUAGGAAAUUACCAUUCAUUAUGGUCAGCCUUACUAUAAUCAAAGACUGCAGACAAUGCGUGUCAUUCACAAUCCCAGGCUUCAGCAGCAACAACCCAACAGACUUUCCACAGAUAAUAUGAGCAAAAAUCAUACUGUCUUUCAUGAGGCCUCUCACCUCACCUUUGUGCGGAUCUAGAUUAUCUGCAGCUAUGUAUUUGUCCUGUAAUAUUCUGGUUCCUAAAACCAUUUGUAUGUUAGAACAAUUGUAUUUGUUAGCGCUUGAUGUGUGUGUUGCAAUAUUUCCUUAAUCAGCAAAUCUGUAAAAGGUCUCAAGUAAAGAACAAACAGUCAAAUGACCACAAUAAAUAAACUUUAA